UGUGUAUCAGUUCAACACUUCUUAUUCCAGAAAGACACACUCAGCCAAAGUUAGGAACAAUGAGUGGAGUAAAUGAUGGCAAUAAGCAGCAUUAAGUUCCCCUCCACCAACAUCAAUGAGUGCACUUGGUGCAACACGAAGGCCAAGAGCCGUAUUCGGGAGAAGAGGAAGGGGAGCAAAGCAAAGCAUACGAUCACAACAUGCUGCUUCUGAAAGUGACACCGAAUCAUCCUCCUCCUCUGCUCAAAGUGAUGUAGAGCAUAUAUCAUCAUCUAAGGAGAAUCUGCCCAAUUCUGCCUCUAUACCCCAAUCAACCAAAGGCAAAGGAAAAGCAACUCAAACUGUUGCUCAUGCUCGCAAGCCAAUGCAGUCAAGACCUAACGGAGCAAAGCCAAAGGGACAGUCAAACGUCAUUUGUAUCUCUUCAGAUAGCGAAAGUGAAGAGGAAGAUGAAAGCCUCGACGCCAUUCGAUCGCCACAAAAGCGCAUAAAUAGAAGAAGGGGCACCACAUCUCGGCCAAUCGUGAUCGCCUCUUCAGCUUCAUCCAGCACUUCCUCAGAUGAGGCAGAAACUUCUAUACAGAAUCAAGACGGAGAUUUGAGCGGCAUUACGAAUCAGCUUCAAAGCUUACUUCAGAUAAAAGAUACCCGAGAUACAGAACCACUCACCACUUUGCUAUCAGUGUGCAAUCAAAAAGCACCGCAAAGGUUUGAUGACUGCUUAGACGAGAUGGAAAAACAAGGAAAUGGAUCGAAAUGGAAAAAGAUCGGUGAGGCUACCUAUUCGGAAGUGUUUGGUUUGGCAAAUUCUGGCAUGGUACUCAAAGUGAUCCCUCUAGCAUACAAAGGAGAUCAAAUCGAACAAUCUGACCUGGAAACAUCUAUAGCCGAAAGCGAAUCAAAUAUACCCGAACAGUCACAGCUGGCCGAUCUACAAAGAGAAAUUGAGAUGACACGUGGCGUAAGUGAUGCCAAUGAAGCAUUUGUCAAAAUUCAUCGGGCUUCUAUUGUACGUGGAACAUAUUCUGAUCGACUGUUACGUGCAUGGGAUCAACGUGUGAAACAAAAGUCCGAUCAAAACGCCAGACCGGAUCGCUUUGAGGAUGAUCAGCUUUAUGGUCUCUUGUUAUUAUCCGAUGGAGGCAAAGAUCUUGAGUCAUUCGUUCUGCCAUCCUGGUCACAAGCUGCAAGCGUGUUUGCGCAAGUCGUCCAAGCAAUAGCUGAAGCUGAACAGAAGUGUGAAUUUGAACAUAGAGAUCUUCAUUGGGGGAAUAUUGUGAUCAAAGAAAUCACGCAAGGCAGACAUGGCAGAAGAGAUAUUUUAGACAUUAAAAGGAUCCUCUCUCCCAAAUGGUCCGGUGUUCAGGCUACGAUUAUCGAUUUUACACUUUCACGUGCAUGUUUCGAGGAGAACAACAUCAUCGCACUUGAUAUGGACGAUGAAGCAUUCUUUAAUGGAAAAGGUGAUAUUCAAUUUGAAGUGUAUCGACAAAUGCGUAAAGUUACCAACGAUGAUUGGCAGCAGUAUUACCCGCUCACAAAUGUCCUGUGGUUGCAUUACCUUUUGCGAAAGAUCAUGAACGACAAAAAGCUGAAGAGACUGGCAGAGGGAGCUGAUUCAACUUCAGACAAGAUAGAAAUCGGCACAGAAGCUACUUGUUAUGAGCUUUUAUCUACUGUGCUUAAAGUUUUGGACGCAGAGGAAAAAGAAAGCCGAACUGGUACGCACGUAAAAGACGCUGCUUCUCUAUUCGACCUCAUGACCACAACACUCACUGGAUCAAACGAUUCAUUCUGAUCAAAUCUUGGAAAGGUAGCAAUGUACAUAGUGGUGUCAAGAUUGUAGGCAUAUAGACGCAUGUGGAAUGUAUGGUUGUAUCUGUUAAGUUGUGUUGUUAUCUUUAAUUGGAUCUUUCAAGCG